AUGGCCGUCAAGGAAGAGAGUGACGUCACGGAGGACUGGUUGUUAAAUGAUGCUAAGGCGCUUGGCAUCAUCGCUCAAGGCGUUGAGAUCGAGCACCAGACCAAGGUUUGGUCGGCUACGCGCGCCAUGGAAGCAAAGGGAACCCUCUGUGAUUUUUUCAAUCGCUCGACUCCUCGCAACCGUGUGGUGAUGACUCGUCGACUGCACGAGUUCAAGAUGGAAAGUGGGACAAGCAUGGCAGAGCAUCUGGACUCUAUUGAUGAGCUGGCAGUGGGACUCCAGACUACGGGAGGGCCAAUUGAUGAGUCACGUCAACAUGUUGUUCUUCUCAGCAGUCUGCCGUCAGAGUAA